AUGCUCACCAGCUCCCGUUGUCUGAUGUCUCUUGGCAUCAGCCAGGCGUGCCGGAUCAUGGGGUUUGCUGCACCGCCUGUAGAGAAGCGGAUGCUGAAGAGGCGCUACGUUGAGCUGGUCCAGAAGCAUCACCCGGAUCAGGGCGGCCCAGGGGCGUCAGCAGACCGCAUGGCAAGCGUGACGGAGGCGUACAAAACCCUGCAACGGCUGUUGGAUGACGGACGACACCGAAGGGUCGCAUUGAGUUCAACUCAACACAACGGUCAUAAUGGCAGGAGUAGUCGUAAUGGCCAAGACGACAUGCAUAUGGAGGCGGCGUCAUUUGUUGCCCCUGGCGUAGCACUGAGCACAUCAGGAUGGACGCUUCCUUGGCAACGCGGUCGCACAAAGUCAUCGCGACAGGAACAGGAACGCCAGUUGCACGAGCAUGCGACCUCGCUUUUUGAUUUUUUGAAGCGAAUUCGGGCGAUGGAACGUGAGGAAUUUGCCCGUGCGGAGCGUUUGAAGUCGGAGCUGAAGUCAUCAGAGGGAUCGCACGGCUUUACUGUUGAACACUUUGAGGAAAUGCGGAGGAUGCAACAACAGACUGCGUCAUGGACUCGGCGACGACAUUCCCUUCCACUUCUCAUAUGGAGGUAUCAUCGGGAGCGGCUCGCACGGGCGCCAAAGCGUUGCUGGGAAACCGUGCGGUAUAUCUUGUUUGGGCAGUAG